AUGUCGUUCUCCCAAGAGCAACUUACCUCUAAGCUGAAUGCUUUAGAUGAGACACAAGAAUCUAUUGUAAGCGCGUCUAAAUGGCUUCUCUCCCAGUAUAAAGAGGCUAGUCAAGUCGCACAAUGUUGGAGACAGUUCAUACUGAAGUCUUCAACAAAUACGAGAAGAAAGCUUUUGGCAAUUUACCUCGCUAACGAUGUGAUUCAGCAGUCAAAACACAAACGAGUCGGUGAAUUUGGUACAGCUUUCGGUGCUAUAAUGCCUGAAGUUCUGGGGAAGGUAUACCCUGAAUUUACGCAAGAACUACAAAGGAAAGUUAAAAGGGUAGUCGACAUAUGGAGAGAGCGCCAAGUAUUCUCUGAUUCCGUGUUUAAAGAGCUAUACCCUCAGUUAAAACAAUCGAAGCGACCUACGGAGCCAAGAGCAUUACCGCUCGACAUAGCCCCAGAAAUAAAGCGCCUUGUGGAAGUAUUUGCGAAGCUGACAAAAUGCCAAUCCAGUACUUUCGCAGCCAAAACACGUUUCGAUACCUCCUUAGAGGCACUGGAUCCAAAUAGUGUUGUAUACCUGGAAAAUUAUAAGACAGUGCAGAAGGUUGGACAAGCAGCGAAGGACUCUUUAGACAAAUCAGUCAGCUAUAGGAAGCAAGCAAUAAAAGAAUUACAGAUCAUGUUAAAUUUUCAAGAAGAACAGAUGAAGCAAGAUCAAAGCUUGAUAAGUGAAAUAGAUCAAGUAUUGAUAUCAAAAGAUCCCGCGAGCGCGACAAGCGAUCCUCUCGGAGAGACGGAUCUAUUACCAACUUACGAGGCUAGUGAUGGAAGCGAUAGUGACUCAGAUAGAAGUAUUGGUGGCGAGGGGGAGCCCCCUAGAAAGCGACAAUCUCUCGGCACUGAUAGCAACGAGCUUAAAAGAGCGAAAACCGAGACUGGCACAAUCGACGAGGUGAGGACAGAAGAAUAUGAAACUGAGGCCUAUGAGCCUACUCCAGCAGAAGUGGCCGCAAACUCCUCGCUUGCUGUGACCUCGAGUAUUCAGGACUUGUUAAGUAAAUUAGCUAAUUAG